AUGGCUUUUAUGUUUCCCAAUUCGUUUUUAUACCACAUCAAAGAAGGACUUUCUCGUGAUCCUAUCAUCAAGUAUCGUGACGAUCCAAACUUGCAGAAUAUAAUUGACGUUAUUCAGACCGAAUUCCGCUGUUGUGGAAUUUCUGAUAAAGGAUACAAAGAUUGGUCAAAGAACAUUUACUUUGAAUGCAAUGAUUCGGGUCUCAUUAAUAUCGAGUGUGGCUUCAACAUGCAAAACAUUAGCUCAGUGGUUGAGGUAAACAAAGAUAUCUACACGCGAGGUUGCAUUGAGGCCAUCACUGAAACUCUGGAGCCAAACAUGAACAUGGUUUCAAUUGG